GAAACUAGGAAGCAGGGUUUUGUUGGUUGUAUUUUGAUUUUACAGAGUGGCUGUCCAUCCCUUCUUCCCACCCCCUCUCCCUAUGUCUGUCUGUAGUGUCCACUAGCUGCUCUGGGUGGACUGGAUUCUCUCCACAGUUGUCCUGCUUUUUGUUCCCGUAAUCCCUCCAAGAUACAAAACAUGCACAAGAAUUUAAAAAAAUGUCAUUAAUAUUUAAAAAUGUUAAUUACACCAUUUAAAAAUUAAUCAGAUUUUUCUACCAGUUUAAGUUUUAUAUUCAGCAACUGUUAGUUUCAGUUUAACCCAAUUCAGCAACAGUGCCAGGUGUGAGAAUGCUGGCUGGAAUGGUUGGGGAGAUAGAAUAGCUAAGCCGCAGAAUACAGGAGAGGCUGGGAUCUGUAACUGAUGGUGUCAGGACUCAAGCAGCGAAGAUUUGGAAUUGGGAAAGCAGCCAUAUGUGUUCUAGUGUGACUGUGUGUUCAGUUUGUAUUAUGUGGUUCUAUUGGGAUUUGACUGACUGGUAGAGAAGUGAUUACUGAGGGCUGGUCUGUGCACAAAUUUGCCCCUUUUAAUUGAUAGAUCUGCACUUGGAGCUGGGGGUGUGCUUCCUAGCUAGAGGAGAUGUACCUGCUUUAGCUCCCGUCUAGCUAGUGCAGUAAAAAUAGUAGUGUAGCCAGAACACAGUGCCAGUGGUAGAAGGGGCUUGCUGCCCUUGGUAGGUGCCUAGGGUCUAGGUGCUGGCCCUCCUGCUGUCCUUAGUUAAAAACAAGUCCUUAGAUAAACUUGUGUGUGUAGAAAGGCCAUAGAUCUGUGCUUUCUUGCAGCCAUCUUGUUUAUAAGUGAAGAGGGUGCUGCGAUAUGUGGGACAGAAGAUUGGGGGAGUUGGGCUGUCUGAAGAGGAAAAGGAUGUAAGCAAAAUUUGGGGCAGGGGGGUGUAUGUAGGUAGAUGUGGGAGAGAGAGGGUAGUCUGAACACUUAGUUUCUAUUCCUGGCUCUGGGAAGUGUUGUUUAGUGGUUAGAGGAGAAAUGGACCAGAACUCAUGAAUUAUAUUGCCCACCCACCUACACACACAGCAAUGCCCUGCUGACUUCUCCCCGAAACGUGCACUCACCCCUUUACCUGCUGACUGCCUCUCAAGUUUUAGUGUUCAUUGAUCAUCUCCCACUUUUCCUUUUGUCUUUGUAUGAAGAAAGCUUUGGUAAAAGUCCUAAAGACGACCUGCUGCCAAAUUAAAGUGAGUGGUCCACUGAGGAACCCCAACAUGUCCAGGAGAGAAGGGAGCUGGCAGUGAAGCAGAAAGCAUAUUAUUCUCCAUUAAAUGUUGUGAAGUGUGUCUCCUAAAGAGAGCCUCCAGUAUGGGUGAUGACAUAAAGUUUCACCAGCAGCUUCUAGUCAUCGAUGAAAACCUGGGAACUGAAGAAGUGGAGGCCCUGAAAUUUCUCUGUAGUGACUUGCUCUCCUUCAAAAAGCUGGAAGCUGUAGAAUCAGCUCAGGACAUCUUCCAGCUCCUCAUGGCUAAGGAUUUGCUGAAUAAAGAAGAUACUUUCAUACUAGCUGAGCUUUUGUACAGGAUUAAAUGUCACUUCCUGCUCCAGAAACUUGGCUACACCAAGGAAACAGUGCAAGAAAAUCUACCCUGGAAAGGGAAGGUAUCUCGGUACAGGCAGAUGCUGUAUGAACUGUCAGAGGACAUCACCAGUGAGGAUUUAAAAAGAGCCAUGUUCCUCUUGAGGGACCAGCUCCCAAAGAAGCUGACAAAUAUGUCCAGUCUAGAGCUGCUGACCUGUCUGGAAAAACAAGACCAUUUAGCAGAGAACAACCUGGAAAUACUGGAGAAAAUCUGUAUGGACAUUUCACCUGAUCUCCUGAAAACAGUAAACAAAUACAAAAUGGAAAGAGUUUCUCUAGCUCAGCAAACUGCAUCAUUUUCCCAUCACAUCCCUGAAGGACUGUUUCAUUCUGGAGGUGAUGUCAGGCUAUUGACUUCCUUACAGGAGACCCCUAUCAAAUCUCUGGGUUCUAGUAUUUAUGACUCUGGGAGCCUGCGGGAACAUGCUGGGAGUGUGCAUUUCAUAGCUGCCAGACAAGAUGACAAAGCAGUAAAUGUUAUGCAAGGCAUCUCUGAACUAAGCCAGGAACAACCUGUGAGAAUCAGCAACCCAGGAAGCAAAACAGAGAAGCUGAUGACCUAUAAAAUGGAUGGGCCACACAGAGGCUAUUGCCUCAUUAUUAAUAAUUGUAGCUUUACUGGGACUCUUCAGAAGAGGAGAGGAUCUAAUAAAGAUGCUGAGAUGCUGGCGCAAGUGUUUACAUGGCUUGGUCUGGAUGUGCAGACUUAUAUUGAUAAGACAUCAGUAGAAAUAAAAAAUCUCAUGCAGGAAUGGCGGUCUUCGAAAGAUCACAGAGACAGGGACUGCUUUGUGUGCUGUAUUCUAUCUCACGGAGAGUUGGGAUUGGUCUAUGGGACAGAUGAACGAGAAGUACCAAUCCGCACGAUCAUGUCCUACUUCACAGCCAGACAAUGCCCACAGCUGGCUGAAAAACCCAAACUCUUUUUUAUCCAGGCAUGUCAAGGCAAAGAGAUACAACAGGCUGUCUACAUUGAAGCAGAUGCACAGAAUCCUGACUUGCUUCCCAUUCAGCAACUAGUCUCCCCUUCCGAAAGCAUUCCGGAAGAAGCUGAUUUCCUCCUUGGCAUGGCCACAGUGGGUGGUUAUGCAUCUUUCCGCCACAUAGAGCAUGGUACUUGGUACAUUCAAGCCCUCUGCAAUAAGUUACAGCUCUUGGUACCAAGAGGUGAAGACAUCUUGUCAAUUCUUACUGAAGUCAAUGAAGAUGUGAGCAAACGUGCAGACAACUUGGGGAAAAAGAAACAGAUGCCCCAGCCAGCCUACACCUUGAGGAAGAAACUGAUAUUCCCAGUGCCUAGAAGUCCACCCCCAUCACAGCAGCAAUAGGAUUUUUUUUUCUCUUCAUUCACGAUCCCAUCUUGCAUUGGAUACCAUCCAGUACGGCCUUUGGAUAAGCCAGCGCUCUUAUUAAAUCAGGUGGAUGGUAAAUUAUUACCAUUCAGGAUGAGGUCUUCCUGAAAUUGCUAACACAUGGAGCUAAAGGAGAGUAUGACAGGUACAACCAGUCGGCCAACUACUCACAAUGUCUGUUUGCGGAAAUGACUGGUGGCGGUGGUGGUGGGGUUUGCUGGCAAUAUGAAUAUAUACAGAUUUUUGCAAGCACUUGUACGUUUCUGCAGGUGAAAUAGGUGCUGCAUGUGUUACUGUGGACACAAUAGGUGCACAUGGCUUUCCAUAUCUACACCAGAGGGGUGUUAAUGGUCUGCUUUAAGCCCAUUUGUUCUUUUCUCUGUACAUUAAUGAUUUGGAAUCCUGCCAGUGAGCUCUCUUAUCCUGUGGAAUAGUCUCCAAAACCAGAAUGAACAAGACAUCAGCAAACGUAGUGUAGGGAGCUAAUCCUACAAUGGCAGGUGGACACUGGUCUAUUCCCUCUCAAAUUUAAAUGACUUACAUUCUUUGUGGAGCCACUAGAUUCCUCAUGUAAAGCAUUUAUUAAUCCCACAGUGCAUGCUGUUGCCUUAAAACUGGAUGUUAAUCUGGUAUGUGGUUGGUUUAGCAUUCAUUGGCCAACAUCAAAUAGUUCGAGAAGCACAAGAUCUGCAUUAUUGCCUCCUCUAGGAAACCAGCUUUCUCACUGCCUUAUUGUAGGGUGGGGUGGGGCUUUCAACAUGAAAGAACUGCUGAUUAUCAUUUAUCUGUUAGAUGGGGCAUCUAACACUGCUAUGGACACAACAGGUUUUGGUUAGUUUUGUUUUUAAGCACAAAGGUCUAUAGGGAUUAAUUUCUCCAUUAUUUAAAAAGACCACCACAAAUGUGGACAUAAGAGAAAUUGGUGAGAGCUAGGCUGGAACAAAACUCCUGUCUUUGGGGUCAGGGUGACUAUAUCCCCUGUUCCAAUGAGAGUAGACUAGAGUCUGUGUAAAAUCCACCUUGCAGGACUGUCUUGUGAGAUUAGAAGUGAAAAUCAGUGUAUAGUAAAAUCUUCAGUGGUGCAUCUCUUACCUGGAGGUCUUUUUACUUUAUUGUUUCUUGUCCAGGGGUGUUAGUGUCCUCAGGUGGUGACUGGGGUGUAUGACAACAUAAAUGGAAAUUAAUGUUGUUAAAACUAACUUACAUUUCUAUAGCUGCUUCCAUUUCAAAGUGCUUUGCCAAUAAUAUCCAUGCAGAGCUAGCUCCAUCAACAAAAUACAGCCACUUCUGGUUUAGAAGGCAGCAGCCAGCUUUGUAUAGCAGUAGGAUGGGUUUUGGGGAGAGGGAAACUUUUGGCCAAGACGAACAGGGCAAUUCCCUAGUCCCACAAAACAUGCAGUGGGAUUUUUAGCAUAUACAUACAGCAGACAAAGCCUCAAUAUUUUUUAGGGUCUCAAUCUGAGACGACUCCUAUACAAUAAACUGCAUAAAACUCAUCUACCUCAAAGGCAAGUAAGGUCAAUUGGACUCUGCUGAGAUAUGAGUCUGUGGUUCCAGAAAUGCUAGCUAUUUCAAACUUUAUGCUCAGAUAAAUCAUCCACUCCUGCAUGUAUAAUAAAAUGCUGCUAUUUUAAUAAAAGCUGGUAACAUUUAUUUUUCUUGGGAGUGGU